AUGGGGAGCCCACCUAGAGAGAAUCUGGAAGACAGAAUUGAACUGGGGGUUCCAAGGUGCCACAGGACAGCUUGCGACCUGCUGUCAGUGGCCGCAGCUGGUGUGGGCCUCCUCGGUAACGGGCCCCUCUGUGAGCAAUGGGCCUCUGAGCAGGGGCCUUGUGCGCUCUCCUGGCUGAGCUCUGUCUGCUGUGCUGUGCUUUCUGUGAGUAAAGAGACCUGCUACUUCUGGGGUUUCCAGUUUUAUUUCAGGGAAUUCCCAGAGACCCUGCCCGGCCUCGUAGAAAUGGCAAGUCCCCCAGGCCCAUUUUACAGACAGGGAGUGAUUGAGGCUCCAGGAGGUCAGAGGUCAGAGCAGCAAAGAGAGCCUCCCACCAGGGGAGUGUGGGCAGGUGGGAGGGAUCUGCUAGCCAGCUCUCAGAGGUUUUGUGUUUCCCACUGGCUCCCUGCGCUUUGA